UACUUCGCCUACGGCUCAAACCUCUGGGAACACCAAAUGCGACAGCGCUGUCCAACAUCGAAAGCCAUCGGACUGGCAAAACUCAAAGGAUGCCGCUGGUUCAUCAGUGAGACGGGGUCUGCGAACAUCGAGCAAGACUCAGAAGCGGAGACAUUCGGUUUUCUCUACUCCAUAAAACCCGCGGACGAAGCAGUUCUGGAUAGCAGAGAAGGCGUACCGGAUCGACAUACGAAAGUGGUCGUUGUUGUGUCCUUCUGGCCGGAUGCAACUUCAGAAUUUGCAGAGAGGAAGGCACAGCAGGUAGAGGCUCUGGUAUAUAUCGAUCGGAAGAACCUCCAAACUGGCCAGCCGAAAAAGGAGUACAUCUACCGUAUGAAUCAAGGUAUUCAAGACGCCAUAGCGAAAGGUAUGCCGCAGGAGUAUGUUCAGGAUGUAAUGAGGAAGUACAUUCCAGAG